UCCAACAACGAGUCAGACUGAAAAUCUAAAUGAAAUAAUCAAAAAUUUAAAUGACUAUAUAAAAAGUGAAAUGAGCGAGUUUCAAGAACGAGACAGUGAUUGUUCCAUAAUUGAAAUAGUUCAUUUAGAAGUUAAUAUAAAUAAAUAUCAGCUCAUAAAGGGCUCUAAUUUCAUUGAUUUACCAAGAGAAAAAGUAAACAGAAAAGCCUGCAUCAACGUGCAAAAUAGAGACGAAUAUUGUUUUAAAUGCGCAUUAAUAUCGGCUUAUGUUAAAUUUCCUUAUCAUAAGAAUCGACCCAAUCAAUAUAAGCGUAAGGGCAUUUACAACAUUGGGUCGGAUAUAAUAAAUAUUAAUAAUAAAUCGUUAAAUUUUAGUGGAUUAAAAUUUCCCACACUGGUCGACAGCAUAAAAAUAUUUGAAGAAAAUAAUCCUGAAAUUAGUAUAACUGUGUUGGGUGUAGACAGCGAUGAAAAGACAAUCAUCGGCCCAUAUUAUUUAACUAAUAAUAAAACUAGCAACGUCUUACACACUAUAUAUCUACUACUUCUCGAGAAGGAUGACAAAUAUCACUAUGCUUGGAUUAAAAAUAUUUCCAAAUUACUUCGCAAACAAAUAACGAAAAGUACGAGGAAGAUUCUUCUAUGCAAUGGCUGUUUUCAACAUUUCGACGAUAGCGACAAACUGGAACGACAUAUUAUGGAGUGUAAUGGAACUGUAACUGAGAUGCCGUCAAAUGAAAACGCGAUUUUAAGAUUUAAAAAUUUUAAAAAUCAAUUAGAUGUUCCUUUUGUAGCAUAUGCUGAUUUUGAGUGUAUUUUAGAAGGGAUGGAUCUGAAAACUUCGGAAAACGUAAAUUUAAUUCAAAAGCAUAUACCGUAUGCAUAUGGUUAUUAUAUAAAGUGUUCAUUUGACAAUAGUUUGGAUAUAUAUCGAAUAUAUUAUGGUGAAGAUUGUGCAGCACAUUUUGUUGACAGCAUAUAUAACGAUUGUUUAAUGUUAUAUCAAAAUAACUUAAAUGUAACGAUACCGUUAUAUCCGCUAUCAAUGGAGCAACAAAAAAUAAUUGACUUAGAACAAAAUUGAUCGAAAUGAUCAAUCUAAAAGAGUUCUAGAUCAUUGUCACUUAACAGGCAAAUAUAGAGGUGUAGCUCAUAGUAAUUGCAAUUUAAACUAUAAAUUAGCAAAAUUUUUCCCAAUAUUUUUCCAUAAUCUCUCGGCAUACGAUGCACAUUUGUUUGUGAAAGAAUUAAUUAAAGUUCCUGGUGAAAUUUCUAUAAUUCCGCUAAAUAAAGAGUUUUACAUUUCGAUCUCAAAGAAAAUUUAUAUAAAUCCCAACGAAAUGUUAGAGCUUCGAUUUUUAGAUUCAUUUAGAUUUAUGUCUUCCAGUUUAGACAGCUUAGCCAGUUAUUUAAAAGAAGAAAAUCUAACCACAAUAAAGUCAUUUUUCACGGAAUCGAACAAAUUUCAAAUGGUUAAACGUAAAGGCAUAUUUCCGUGUAGCUAUUUAAAUUCAGUUGAACGCUUGUCAGAUACACAAUUACCGUCGCGCGAAAAUUUUUAUAAUCAAUUAACUGAAAGACGCUGUUCUGAAGAGAGUUAUCAGCACGCUCAAAACGUUUGGAAUGCCUUCGAGUGUGCAAAUUUAUUAGAUUAUUUAUUGUUAUAUUUGAAGGUAGAUGUGCUGUUGCUAUGCGAUGUCUUUGAAAUUUUUUGGAAAAGUAUGUAAAAGAAUCUAUAAUUUAGAUCCUUGUCAAUAUUAUACAACUCCUGGUCUAUCAUGGGAUGCUAUGUUGAAGACAACUAAAAUUGAACUAGAACUACUCACAGAUAUUGAUAUGUAUAAUUUUAUAAUGAAAGGUGUUAGCGGCGGUCUUGUUCAAUGUAGUAAACGUCAUUCUAUUGCAAAUAACAAAUAUCUAAAUAACGAUAACGACUGUGAGAAAGAAUCAAAUUAUAUUGUAUACUUAGAUGUUAAUAAUUUAUAUGGGUAUGCUAUGUCACAAGAUAUUCCCUAUAAAAAUUUUAAAUGGUUAGAAAAAACAGAAGAGGGAAAUUUUGAAAAUUUUGAUUUAAACAUGUGCGUAGGUGAUCAAUCAAUUGGUUAUAUUUUAGAGGUAGAUUUGGAAUACACUGAAAACUUACACAGCCAGCACAAUGAUUUACCAUUUUGUUCGAAAAACAAAAAAAAUGAAAAUAU